GCCGGACGCCUGAAUUUGGGAACUAGGGCUAAUCAAGGCCGGGAAAUGGGAUCCUUAGGUCGCUGCUGCCGCAGGGCCCGAAGAGGCCUUCUCUCAAUUCCCAGCUUGUUCGCCGCUUUUUUCUCUCCCCACCAGUCUAAAUGGUUCGCUCCGCCUAUUUCCCCCCCCCCCGCUCUAGGGCGCAAUGGAUUGUCCCAUUGCCCCUCCUGUCUCGGGCCUGCGUUGCGGGGGACGCUGGUACGGUUGCUAGGGAAAGCCCCGGACGUGACGGCUAAGCGCGACCCCGAGCAGCCACCCAUCUCCCAUCCGUCAUUCCCCUGCGCGCGGUCUCCUUACACCCUUCCCCUCCCCCACGUGCGUUCCAAGCUAGGGGGAGGUAAACAGCGGGCGGAGAGAGGCUCACGGACCCAGGCCAGGCGGCAGCAUGCUGGGGCUCCAAGGGCUGCGGCUCCCACCGGCGGGAUUCCUGCUUCUGUUGCCAUUCCUGCUCUUGCUGCUACUGCCGGCAGCCCCUGCGCCCCACCGGGUUUCCUACAAGCCGGUCAUCGUGGUGCAUGGGCUCUUUGACAGCUCGUACAGCUUCCGCCACCUGCUGGAAUACAUCAACGAGACACAUCCCGGAACUGUGGUGACAGUGCUUGAUCUCUUCGAUGGGAGAGAGAGUUUGCGGCCCCUGUGGGAACAGGUGCAAGGGUUCCGAGAGGCUGUGGCCCCCAUCAUGGCAAAGGCCCCUCAAGGGGUGCAUCUCAUCUGCUACUCGCAGGGGGGCCUGGUGUGCCGGGCACUGCUCUCUGUGAUGGAUGAACACAAUGUGGACUCUUUCAUCUCUCUCUCCUCUCCACAGAUGGGACAGUAUGGAGACACGGACUAUUUGAAGUGGCUAUUCCCUACCUCCAUGAGGUCUAACCUCUACCGGAUCUGCUAUAGCCCCUGGGGCCAGGAAUUCUCCAUCUGCAAUUACUGGCACGACCCCCAUCAUGAUGACUUGUACCUCAAUGCCAGCAGUUUUCUGGCCCUGAUCAAUGGGGAAAGAGACCAUCCCAAUGCUACUGCUUGGCGGAAGAACUUUCUUCGUGUGGGCCGCCUGGUGCUGAUUGGGGGCCCUGAUGAUGGUGUCAUUACCCCCUGGCAGUCCAGCUUCUUUGGUUUCUAUGAUGCAAAUGAGACGGUCUUGGAGAUGGAAGAGCAACUGGUUUAUCUUCGUGAUUCUUUUGGGUUGAAGACUCUCUUGGCCCGGGGGGCCAUAGUGAGGUGUCCAAUGGCUGGGAUCUCCCACACAGCCUGGCACUCCAACCGUACCCUUUAUGAGACCUGCAUGGAACCUUGGCUCUCCUGACGGAUUCCCUCCAGGACUUCCCAGCCCAGAGACCAGGUGGGAGCUCGGACGUCAGGCCCUGGUGUGCCUGUGACCAACCUCAUUGCUCCCACACUGCCCCCACCAACCCGGGCUCCCAGAAUCCCUUCCUCUGCUCUUCUGUGAAUGACAAGGCCUGGCCUCCUCCAUCUCAUGUCCUCUCAGUUGGGGGGUUGCACUGUGCUCUCCCACCCUCCCAAGGCCAAGGUUGGGAAGUGAGAAAUCAGGUUUUUAACUUGGGGCUGCUCCUCCUGCUGCUGCUCCUUCGUCUCUGGCUGUGUAGGAGGCAAACCCAGCCCCUGCCCACCACAGGGGUCUCCUUCCAGGCCACUCAGGACAUUUUUAGCUUCUGUUUCCCCAUGUCCCCUUUCCGUCUGAACUCCCCUGUUGUGAGCUCCCGACCCCCAGGAAGGACCACCCAUGACAGUGGGGUUCUGAGGCUCCCCUAUGGGGACAGUUCCAUUCUUGAAGUGUCAGUGUUGGGGAAUAUCUGUGGCCUGCGAGGCCCAUCUCAGGUUUGGGGAUUCCCCCAGUCCCUAUGCUCAGUAUUGGGGCGCCCUCUGGAAGCCUCGUUUCUUUAAGGCUCCAGCCCCUCUUUUAGCUACCCUUGAAUGGGUGUCACUCCUGUAUUUAUGGAAAUAAAGUAUCAUUUACUCAG